AUGGUGCUCAGUGAGCAGGCAGAGGACUGCUGGGCCUUUACUGGUGGAAGAAAUGACUGCAGAGAAACUGGCUUCAGGGAGUAUAGUACUUCUCAGAAUGAUCAGAAUAUCCAGAGCAGAAACAAAGCGCAUGCUGCCCCUGGAGACAACAUGGAUACUGUAUGCAGUACUCCCAUUUACACUGAAAAAUUGAAACUUAAAGAAAGAACCUCUUGGAUGAGCCGGGGGCGCUGCUGCCGCGGAGCUGCAGACUUUGGGUCUGCGCCCCACAGUCCGUCCCCCUCCCCGCCUUCUUCCCAGGUUCCCGCUCCUUCCCCCACCCUCACAGCACAGCACGCCCACGAGAGCUGCCCCGAGCGCCCCAGGAGCCACAGUACGCCUCCCAAGUUCAAACGCCACCUAAAUGACGAUGAUGUCACUGGUUCUGUGAAAAGUCAAAGGAGAAAUCUUUUGGAAGAUGAUUCAGAUGAAGAAGAGGGCUUUUUUCUAAGGGGACCAUUGUUGUUGUUACUCCCACAGGGACCAAGAUUUGGACCUAGAAAUGAUAAAAUUAAGCUUGUUCAAAAUCAGGUGGAUGAAGUUAUUGAUGUUAUGCAAGAAAAUAUUACAAAGGCAAUUGAAAUAAGGGAGAGACUAGAUGACCUACAGGACAAGUCAGAAAGCUUAUCAGAUAAUGCAACUGCUUUUAGCAACAGACCCAAACAAAUUCAAAGGCAAAUGUGGCGUGAUUGCAAAAUAAAAGCCAUUAUGGCUUUGGUUGCUGUUAUCCUUUUGCUGGUGAUUAUCAUUCUUAUAGUUAUGAAAUACCAUACUUGA